AUAAAAAUGCAAUAAUGCAUUUAAUAAUUUAAUUAAUAAUAUUUUAUCUUAAGUAUCAGUGCAAGUUUUAUAUAAAAGGGGCACAUAAAACGUAGGUAGCCAGUUCAAUAUUUGUGCUUUACCAAAAACUGUAAGUAAUGUUAUACCUAUUAAUUUUCAAAAUUUAAUUUUUUAUAAAUAUUACAGAACCAUGAAAAUUAUUAUUCUUUUCGCUUGCUUGGCAGUAGCUGUAUCUGCUAAUACCCAAGAGCAAUGGAAAAGUUUUAAACAAACCCAUCAGAAAUCCUACCGUUCCCUCAUUGAAGAACGUCUUCGUUACAAAAUUUUCUCCGACAAUUUGGAGAAAAUCGAACAACACAAUGCUGAGUUCGAACAAGGAUUGAUCACCUACAAGCAAGGAGUCAACCAGUUUGCUGACUGGACCGAAGAAGAAUUCAUCGCUUUCUUAAAACUCAACGGACCAGCUCAAAAAGCCAAAUCUGAUGAAGUUUUUGAAGCCAUCAAAUCGGCUCCAUUAAAACAAGACUGGAGAUUAUCAGGGGCCGUAACUCCUGUCAAGGACCAAGGAAGCUGUGGAUCAUGCUGGAGUUUCAGUGCUACUGGUGCUUUGGAAAGCCAAAACCAAAUCAAAAACGGAAAAUUGGUCUCUUUGUCUGAACAAAAUUUGAUCGAUUGCUCUGGUUCCUAUGGAAACGAGGGUUGUAAUGGGGGUUUGAUGACCUCCGCCUUUGAAUACGUUCAAGAUCACGGUAUCAUGGCCGAAGCCGCCUACCCAUACGAAGAAGUCCAGAGGAAAUGCAGAUUCAACAAAAGCAAAGUCGUACUAAAGUCCUCCGGGUAUGUUGACAUUAAAGAAAAUUCCGAAACCGACUUGAUCAAUGCUAUUGGAACUGUUGGUCCAGUCUCUGUUGCCAUCGAUGCCACCUCAAAACUUCAAUUCUACUCAUCUGGCCUUUUCACUGACAAAACUUGCUCUAAAAAUGCUUUGAACCACGGUGUAUUGGCUGUCGGUUACGGGUCUGAUAACAUCGUUGUCAAGAACUCCUGGGGCUCAUCUUGGGGUGAAAAUGGGUACGUAAGAACCAUGAAACUUAUUAUUCUUCUCGCUUGCUUGGCUGUAGCUGUAUCUGCUGAUACCCAGGAGCAAUGGAAAAAUUUUAAACAAACCCAUCAGAAAUCCUAUCGCUCCCUCAUUGAAGAACGUCUUCGUUACAAAAUUUUCUCCGACAAUUUGGAGAAAAUCGAACAACACAAUGCUGAGUUCGAACAAGGAUUGAUCACCUACAAGCAAGGAGUCAACCAGUUUGCUGACUGGACCGAAGAAGAAUUCAUCGCUUUCUUAAAACUCAACGGACCAGCUCAAAAAGCCAAAUCUGAUGAAGUUUUUGAAGCCAUCAAAUCGGCUCCAUUAAAACAAGACUGGAGAUUAUCAGGGGCCGUAACUCCUGUCAAGGACCAAGGAAGCUGUGGGUCAUGCUGGAGUUUCAGUGCUACUGGUGCUUUGGAAAGCCAAAACCAAAUCAAAAACGGAAAAUUGGUCUCUUUGUCUGAGCAAAAUUUGAUCGAUUGCUCUGGUUCCUAUGGAAACGAGGGUUGUAAUGGGGGUUUGAUGACCUCCGCCUUUGAAUACGUUCAAGAUCACGGUAUCAUGGCCGAAGCCGCCUACCCAUACGAAGAAGUCCAGAGGAAAUGCAGAUUCAACAAAAGCAAAGUCGUACUCAAGUCCUCCGGGUAUGUUGACAUUAAAGAAAAUUCCGAAACCGACUUGAUCAAUGCUAUUGGAACUGUUGGUCCAGUCUCUGUUGCCAUCGAUGCCACCUCAAAACUUCAAUUCUACUCAUCUGGCCUUUUCACUGACAAAACUUGCUCUAAAUAUGCUUUGAACCACGGUGUAUUGGCUGUCGGUUACGGGUCUGAUAACAUCGUUGUCAAGAACUCCUGGGGCUCAUCUUGGGGUGAAAAUGGGUACGUAAGGUUCACACGUGGCAAGAACUUGUGUGGUAUUGCUGCCAUGGCAACCUACCCAAAAUUAUAAAUAUUUGAUAUGAUUUUAAAAAUAUGACGACUGUUUAUAUAAAUAAAAAAUAUAAUUGAAAGUAAACAAUGUUUUUUUAUGUAAAGACCAAAGUUUUAUUUAUCAUUUUUUGACAUCCCAUGGUA